CUUGUUUGUACUAGUUGUAGGUUGCUGCUAACUACCUACCUACCUGCGUCAAUUCCAUAAUUAAGUGCUUGGACCUUGCACCGGCUGCUGGCCCCUAAUUCAAUUGCAAUCCAUAUCCCAUUUGCUUUCCCUAUAUUAUAUUUAGACUCCCAUUCAUGAUUCAUCCAUCCCUUUUUCAGAAAUUCAGAUACGUCCCUCAUUCCCAUCCCAUCCCAUCCCAUCCAUCCAUCCAUCCAUCGAUGCCUCCUGCCGCAGAAGCUAUUCGUAGUUUUGAUGAUGAUGAUGAUGCUGAUGAAACCAGUCCAUGUUCAAAGACGACCACAGUCUGCGUCAUGGAUGCGUCCGGCCGCCUAGGCUCCACUCUCGUCCACCGCCUCUUGCACAGAGGCUAUGCAGUCCAUGCUGCACUCCAAAAGCAUCACACAGAGUGUUUUGAUGACGAAUUGGUAAAGAAGAAGAAAUUGAGAGUAUUCCGUUCAGACCCUUUUGACUACCACAGCAUUGUGGACGCCUUGAAAGGAUGCUCUGCCCUUUUCUACUCCUUCGAGCCUCCUUCAGACCACCCCACUUAUGAUGAAUUUAUGGCAGAGGCAGAGGUGAGAGCAGCUCAUAAUGUGCUGGAAGCUUGUGCCCAAACUGAUACCAUACACAAAGUAGUCUUUACAUCCUCUGUAACAGCUGUCAUUUGGAGGGACGAUCGUAAUGCGUCGUCAGCGUCCUCCUCGUCCCGUGGCAUUGAUGAUGAGAGAAACUGGAGCGAUGUCAAUUUUUGUAGAAAAUUCAAGCUCUGGCACGCCCUCUCCAAGACCCUAGCCGAGAGGACAGCGUGGGCUCUAGCAAUGGACCGAGGACUGAACAUGGUGUCCAUCAAUGGGGGGCUGUUGCUAGGCCCUGAUCUCACCAUCACGGACCCUUAUCUGAAAGGAACGGCUGAGAUGUACCAAGACGGGCUGUUGGUGACUGUUGAUCUCAAGUCCAUUGUGGACGCGCACAUCUCCGUCUUUGAAGACGUGUCAUCCUACGGAAGAUAUGUAUGCUUCGACAGAGUCAUCAAUUGCUACAAAGAUGCCGUUGAGCUUGCCCGCAUGCUGUUGCCACCUUCUCAAACCUCAUCUCUCCAAACGCAACCCCAAAGCCAAAGCCAAAGUUUGGAGGAGGCAGAGACAAUGGUGGGGUACCAACAGAAGAUAAGCAACAAGAAACUCAACAAACUCAUGGUCAACUUUGACACUGCCCUUCAACUCCGCGAUUAAUUUUGAAUCUAGUACCAGUAUACUACACUGGAUAACGAAACUUCGAAUGCUUGUGAAUUAAGUGUGCGUUUGAUAUGAACGCUUUCAUAAGAAUUUUUUGAGUUUCUUUGCUUUUAUCUAUAUAUACUACCUUUAACAGGAAUUUUCACUUUCAA